AUGAGACUCAGAGACUGUCUCUCCCAGAGACUGCCUCUCCCAGUCACCGCCUGCCGGGUCCAGCUAUACCUCCUAAUCAUCUUUGGCUCGUCCAGCCAGCGAGGGUGCCGUAACCCGAGGAGCAAACCAAGCGUGUGGGCCCGCCUCUCCGUACUCAGCAUCUCCAUGUGCUGUUGGGUAAACGCACCCCCUACAGUCCGAAUCAUCCACUCUGGCCACGCAUGCAACGUCGAGGAGGAGCGCUACACCGAGCGUGUCUACACCAUCCGGGAGGGAGAGACCCUGGAGCUAGCCUGUCUGGUCUCGGGCCACCCUCGACCUCAGAUCCGAUGGACCAAAACAGCCGGUAGCGCCUCGGACCGCUUCCAGGACUCCAGUGUGUUCAACGAGACCCUGCGCAUCACCCGCAUCCAGAGACUCCAGGGAGGACGCUACUACUGCAAGGCUGAGAACGGCCUGGGCUCCCCGGCCAUCAAGUCCAUCCGAGUGGACGUCUACUAUUUGGAUGAUCCCAUUGUAACUGUCCACCAGAGCAUCGGGGAGGCUAAGGAACAGUUCUACUAUGAGAGGACGGUGUUCCUGCGCUGCAUGGCCAACUCCAACCCCCCGGUGCGCUACAGCUGGAGGCGUGGCCAAGAAUUCCUGUCCCAAGGCUCGGAUAAGGGCGUGGAGAUCUACGAGCCUUUCUUCACACAAGGGGAGACCAAGAUUCUAAAGCUGAAGAACCUUCGACCUCAGGAUUACGCCAACUACAGCUGCAUCGCCUCCGUCCGGAAUGUGUGUGGUAUCGCCAACAAGAAUGUCCUCUUCAAACUCUCCAACAAAACAGCAUCCCCCACCAUUAAGCUGCUGGUGGAGGACCCCAUCGUGGUGAACCCCGGGCAGACCGUGACCCUGGUGUGUGUGACCUCCGGGGGUGAUCCCACACCCACACUCACCUGGGUGCACAGCGCGGACGAGCUGCCCAAGAAGAGCGUCCUUAACGGAGGGACCCUCACGUUGCCCGCCAUCUCCAUAGAGGAAGCAGGCGUUUACAGCUGUGUGGCCAGCAACAACGUGGGCAACCCGGCUAAGAAGUCUACCACCAUCGUGGUCCGAGGGCUAAAGAAGGGGCGGUUCUGGAUCACUCCCGACCCGUACCACAACGACGACAACAUCCAGAUUGGCCGUGAGGUUAAAAUUUCAUGCCAGGUGGAGGCCACACCCCCAGAGGAGCUUCUGUUCAGCUGGCUGAAGAAUGGACGGCCGCUGCGCAGCUCAGAGCGCAUGGUCAUCACCCACACUGACCCGGAAGUCCAGCCAGGCACCACCAACCUGGACAUCAUCGACCUCAAGUUCACCGACUUCGGCACCUACACCUGUGUGGCAGUGCUGAGGAACGGCGGCAUCCCCGAGAUCAGCAUCGACGUCAAUAUCUCUUCGACCACAGUCCCCCCGGAAUUAACGGGGCGGGACAAAUCCCCCUUGGUGGUCCAGGAGGGUGACACGGUGGAGCUCCAGUGCCUGGUCUCCGGGAAGCCUAAGCCCAUCAUCCUCUGGUCGAGGGCCGACAAAGAGGUGCCCAUGCCCGACGGCGGCCUUCAGACAGAGAGCUACGACGGCGCACUGCGCAUUGUUAAUGUGUCCCGCGAGAUGACGGGAACCUACCGCUGCGCCACCAGCCAGUACAACGGCUUCAACGUCAAGCCCCGGGAAGCACUGGUGGAGCUCACUGUGCAGUAUCCGCCGGCAGUGGAGCCACUGUUCACAGAGAUUCGCCAGGGUUUGGGCCGCGCUUUCACCCUCAACUGCCGCAUGCUGCGGGCCCACCCGUCCAAGGUGCUCAAGUACGAGUGGAAGCUGGGCACCCGGCUGCUGACCAUGGGCCAGUUGGACCAGCGCGACGAGACUGACUACCACGUCAGAGCCCUCAACAGGGAGGGCUACGGGGAGUACACCUGUGAAGUGACCAACGAGGCCGGGGCGGGUGCCUGCAGGUUCUUAGUCACAGGGAGGGCCUAUGCCCCAGAGUUCUACUAUGACACGUACAGUGCGUUGUGGCAGAACCGGCCCAGGGUCUACGGCUUCAAGCUACAGUGGACCCAGCAGAACCCGCUGUCUGUGGACCGCAUCGUGGCCUACCGACUGGGGAUCAAACAGACGGGCCAGUCGAGGUGGUGGGAGCAAGAGAUCCCCAUGGAGGGAGCGAUCGCCAAGGGCGAGCUGAUCACCCACAACCUGACGGAGCUCAUCAAGCCAGAGGCCUACCUGGUCCGCCUCACCCCCAUCACACGCUUCGGGGAAGGAGACUCCACGGACAGAACCAUCAGAUACAGUGCUCCAGUCAACCCUCACUUGAGAGAGUUCCAGUGCAGCUUUGAGGACGAGGCUGUGUGUAUGUUCACCCAGGACAAGACGGAUGACUUUGACUGGACCCGACACAGUGCCGCCACCAGAGACACCAAGUACACGCCCAACACCGGGCCCAGCAGUGACCGAGUGGGCUCCAAGCAAGGUUUCUACAUGUACAUCGAGACGUCUCGACCUCGCCUGGAGGGAGAAAAGGCUCGACUGUUGACCCCCACUUUCAACGUCGCCCCCAAAAGCCCUUAUGGGACUGUGACGUCCUCUCCCACCUACUGCUUUGGUUUCUACUACCACAUGUAUGGGAAACACAUAGGAGCGUUAAAUGCUUACUUACGACAGAAGGGCCAGUCGGGCGCAGACAGUUCCGUGUGGACCCUGGUCGGGAACCAAGGGGACCGAUGGAAGCAAGCCAAAGUCAACAUUCACCCAACAGCCUCUUUCCAGUUGGUUCUGGAAGGAAUUCGGGGUCCUGGGAUAGAAGGGGAUAUCGCCAUAGAUGAUGUCACCAUUGAGGAAGGAGAAUGUAAAGACCCUCCACACAACACUCCCCAGGGGCCCAGUGUGGAAGCCCCCUCCCCCCACAACAACAGCUCCCCGGGGGCCCAGUGUGGAAGCCCCCUCCCCCCACAACAACAGCUCCCCGGGGGCCCAGUGUGGAAGCCCCCUCCCCCCACAACAACAGCUCCCCAGGGGCCCAGUGUGGAAGCCCCCUCCCCCCACAAACACAGCUCCCCGGGGCCCCAGUGUGGAAGCCCCCUCCCCCCACAACAACAGCUCCCCGGGGGCCCCAGUGUGGAAGCCCCCUCCCCCCACAACAACAGCUCCCCGGGGCCCCAGUGUGGAAGCCCCCUCCCCCCACAACAACAGCUCCCCGGGGGCCCAGUGUGGAAGCCCCCUCCCCCCACAACAACAGCUCCCCGGGGGCCCAGUGUGGAAGCCCCCUCCCCCCACAACAACAGCUCUCCGGGGGCCCCAGUGUGGAAGCCCCCUCCCCCCACAACAACAGCUCUCCGGGGGCCCAGUGUGGAAGCCCCCUCCCCCCACAACAACAGCUCUCCGGGGGCCCAGUGUGGAAGCCCCCUCCCCCCACAACAACAGCUCUCCGGGGGCCCAGUGUGGAAGCCCCCUCCCCCCACAACAACAGCUCCCCAGGGGCCCACAUCUCCCUUCAGCAUCUCCCCUCAACAUCUCCCCUCAACACCUCCCCUCAACACCUCCCCUCAACACCUCCCCUCAACACCUCCCCUCAACACCUCCCCUCAACACCUCCCCUCAACACCUCCCCUCAGCACCUCCCCUCAACACCUCCCCUCAACACCUCCCCUCAACACCUCCCCUCAACACCUCCCCUCAACACCUCCCCUCAACACCUCCCCUCAACACCUCCCCUCAACACCUCCCCUCAGCACCUCCCCUCAACACCUCCCCUCAACACCUCCCCUCAACACCUCCCCUCAACACCUCCCCUCAACAUCUCCCCUCAGCACCUCCCCUCAGCACCGUUGA